GAAAAGGUUGUCUUCUUCUUCGCCGCUUCCAUCCAUCCAUCCUCGGGAGUCAGGGCCUGAGCUAACCUCUUGGAGCUUUUACUCCCCGAGCUGCCCUCCCCCGUUCCAAGAGCAAAUCAGCCGCAGAGGGGAGCGGCCGCAGAGCGAGUCAACCAGGCAUGGCGGUGGCGAGCUCGACGAGGACGUCGAGGAGGCUUGCGUUUGUGCUACUCGUGCUGGCCUUUUCGGCCGCGCUCGCAGAGAGCAGAGAUGCAUAUAUGAGGAGCGCAGAUCGAUAUGCCUGCAUACUGACCCAGGAAAACUUCCCUCCUGCAAGCAGAGGGUCAGGAUUAACUUCGGCAAACGGAAAGCUGUGUGUACUAUGUGAGCAAUACUCAACCGAAGCUCUGGUCUACCUGCGACAAAACGAAACCCAAACCGAGAUUCUCAGUGUCCUCCACCACACGUGUGCAAGCCUGGGUCCUCUAAGACAGCAGUGCAUCACGCUGGUCGACUACUACAUUCCCGCUUUCUUCUUGGAGGUUUCUGUGGUUAAACCUGAAGAGCUCUGUGAGUCGGCGCACCUGUGCCCAAAGGGGGCGGCGACUCUGUCGUCCACACGAGGGGAUGCCUGUGGUCUAUGCCAUCAUGUUCUUGUUGAAGUUCUUAUGAUGCUUAAGGAUCCCAACACCAAGCUGGAGAUAGUCGGGCUUCUUUUCAAAACAUGCAGCAAGGCGAAGAACUAUGAACCGCAGUGCAAGAGGCUUGUCCUUGACUACAUCCCACUGAUUCUGCUGAAGACCCAGGAGUUCCUUGAGACGACGGACAUCUGCUUUGCGACACAUGCCUGUAAAACAGGCAUGCAAGCAACCAUUCCUCUCUCCGCCGCUUUGUGAAGAACAAAUAUGUAGGAAUCAUACAGGGGCAAAGAAGCCUGUAAAUGUUCCUCCUGUAUUUUGCUCAAGCACUGCCAAGCUAUGAAACUUGGUUGUGCGAGGGUUUGUACAAUUUGAGCUCUGCUCUCUGAAGUUUAUGCAACAAGCCAGCAGCUGUACUAUCAUUCAUUUGCUCAGCACAUAAUCGUCUCAGAGCAGCAUACUGCGCAAUUGUGAAAAGUUACAUCACAUUGUAUCUACUGGCUAUAUAUCCAGUCAUGAUGGUACUAUUAUUCAGUGUUCAUGUCUUGCUUUGGCAUUAGCAAGUGAAGCAAUUUUUAUU